AUGACUGUGAAGUGGAUGUCUGCUCUGCUGCUCCUGCAGAUGAGUUUCUACUUUAUACCUGGGAAUUGUGGGAAAGUGUUAGUAUGGCCAAUGGAUUUCAGUCAUUGGAUGAAUAUAAAGACAAUACUGGAUGAACUUGUACAGAGGGGUCAUGAAGUGACUGUUCUGAGAACUUCAGCUUCCAUCUUUCUUGAUCCCAGUAAAUCACCUGGUCUGAAGUUUGAGAGUUUUUCUACAUCUAUCAGUAAAGAUGAUCUGGACAAGGCUUUCACAAGGCUUGUGGAUGUAUGGAUUCAUGAGAUACCAAGAGAUUUUUGUUUAUCGUUCUCUCCUUUGCUACAGAAUGUGGCUGAUGAAUUAUCUGAUAGCUAUCUAAGGCUUUGCAGAGACACAGUUUCAAACAAACAACUUAUGACAAAACUACAGAGAUCCAAGUUUGAUGUCCUUUUCUCAGAUGCCAUUGCUCCCUGUGGGGAGUUGAUAGCUGAACUUCUCCAAAUCCCUUUUCUGUACAGUCUUCGCUUCUCUCCUGGCUAUGCAAUGGAAAAGUACAGUGGAAGAUUUCUAGUCCCUCCCUCUUAUGUACCUAUAAUUUUGUCGGGACUAGGUGGUCAAAUGACUUUCAUGGAGAGGGUAAAAAAUAUGAUGUGUAUGUUGUAUUUUGACUUUUGGUUCCAAACAUUUAAUGAAAAGAAAUGGAGUCAGUUUUACAGUGAAACGUUGGGAAGGCCCACUUCCUUAACUGAGACAAUAGGCAAAGCAGAAAUGUGGCUCAUUAGAUCCUACUGGGAUUUGGAGUUUCCUCGCCCAACCUUACCAAAUGUUGACUAUGUUGGAGGUCUCCACUGCAAACCUGCUAAACCCUUGCCAAAGGAAAUGGAAGAUUUUGUCCAGUCCUCUGGAGAGCACGGUGUCGUGGUGUUUUCUUUGGGGUCAAUGGUCAGCCACAUAUCAGAAGAGAAAGCCAAUGCAAUUGCAUGGGCCCUUGCCCAGAUUCCACAAAAGGUUAUUUGGAGACUUGAGGGCAAAACUCCAGACACCUUAGGAUCCAAUACCAGAGUUUACAAAUGGCUCCCCCAGAAUGACCUUCUAGGUCAUCCAAAAACCAAAGCCUUUGUAACUCAUGGUGGAGCCAAUGGAGUCUAUGAGGCUAUCCAUUUUGGAAUCCCUAUGAUUGGCAUUCCUUUGUUUGCAGAGCAGUAUGAUAACAUUGCAUACAUGGUAGCCAAAGGAGCAGCUAUUUCAUUAGAUUUUAGAACAAUGACAAGGACGGAUUUGCUCAAUGCACUGGAGGCUGUGACAGAUAAUCCUUUCUAUAAAGAGAAUGCAAUGUGGUUGUCAACCAUUCACCAUGACCAGCCCAUGAAACCCCUGGACAGAGUCAUCUUCUGGAUUGAGUUUGUCAUGCGCCACAAAGGGGCCAAGCACCUGAGGCCACUUGCACACAACCUCACCUGGUACCAGUACCACUCUCUGGAUGUGAUUGGAUUCCUACUGGCCUGUGUGGCAGCCAUAGCUUUCCUUUCCAUAAAAUCCUUCUUGUUCAUUUAUCGAAUGUUUGUAAAGACAGGAAAGAAAAUGAAGAGAGAGUAGAGUUCAUUGAGAAUGCACAUGAACUCCAUUUCAGCAUCGUUCUAGUUUAUGAACAACCUUCUGAACAUUCACUGAUUACUCUAUCAAGGCAUAUCUUCAUUAGAGGGGAAGGGAGAAAUAAUGCAAUUAUAUUAUAAUCUCACAAAAUAAAAGACAUAAUAAAAAAGGCUAAGCAAAUGAUAACGAAUAACCAAGUAAGCAGAGUUCCUCCAUGGUAUCAGCUUCAGUUCUGCCUCCUGAGUCCUGCCUUGAACCUCUUGUCUACUUUUCCUCAGCAAUGAAAAGGAAGCUAUGAGAUGAA